AUGGUCUUUUGUCCUCGUUUUCUGGCUGUCGUCUCAAAAACCCAUCUAGCGCUUCUUUUACCCAUACUUGCAGUCUUAUUCGCAACGUUUUCGUUUCCAAUCAUGAGCAUAUCUCUGCUUUUCAUCCUGCUGCUUUCAGUUGCUCCCUUUCUCUUCAUAUCCUCAAAACGAGCACCAGCCGAAAAUGAUUCCGAAAACACCCUUACUGCCGCAGCAUCUCUAGACGACGAUACUAAGGCACAGGAAAAGUCGACAGGCGAUGAAAACGACAAGUUCUCGGAACAGUUGGAGAGGCUCGACUGCUCGGAGGAGGACCAAGGCUCGAUCUCGGAUGAGGAAGGACUGAUCGAGAUCGCAAUCCCCAGUGGCCACUCUGUGCUGCCUGAAAAAGACAUGUUUUUAGAUGAUGAUCUCAGCAGCAGCAGGUGCUGCAAAUUAAUGAAUGAGGAGGAUAAUUUGAUUGAGAUUGAUAUCUACAUGGGCUCCAUCAAGUGUUGUUCCAAAUUCGUCGAUAUUUAG